GUAUAUAAAGGGGCUCCGUGACAUAACCCGUUGUCUGAGCUCUUACGUCUUGAAGCAAGUGUGUGACUUGAAGCUACAUGUAUACAGAAUAAUUUAUGAUGAAGUGUGGGUCUUUGGUGAUCAACACAGCACUUUUACCAUGCAAGGCAUACUACUUUCUUUCCUUGGCUGCACUGGCAUCACUGAUGCCUUACUUGCCACUGUACAUGCAGCAUAUAGGCCUCAAUGCAUCGGAAUCUGCCAUUAUAUAUGGAUCGAUGCCUUUCAUCACUUUCUUCGUCAAACCAUUGUGGUGUAUGCUGGCAGAUAAAUUCCAAAAACACAAGCUUUUAUUGAUAUUGGUUUCAGUAUUUUGUGCAGUUUUUAGCUCAAUGUGUCUUUUGGUGCCGCAUGUUCCAGCGGUGAAGGGACCAGUCAGGGUGUAUUUACUUGCAAACAACAGCAAUGUUACUGUCAGUAAAUGCCAAUGGUACAAAUCAAAUUACGAGACACAUAUUGAAGAGGGUUAUUGCCUACAAUCUAAUGAAGAUGAUAAUUAUCUGCACUUGGUAAAUAUCUGUUCCUUAUCUUGUGAAAAAAAGGAUAAUGAUACUGGAACCAUAAAACUUUGUAUUCAAAGAACUGCAUAUUGCCAAGAUUAUGAGAAUUUUGACAGGCUGCAAAUGCAAAACGUGUCACUUCAUCUAAUUGGUGAGAAUGACACUCAAAGCACACUUGCAACACCUGCAAAGAAAUGCCAUCAAUAUCUAGUUGACUCAUUUGAAGUAAAUAGCUCCGAAUUUGACAGAAUUCAGGUAAAGCAUCCAUUGGCUAUGGAGUGUAAUCUGGCCUGCAAGGAAAACACAUCCCAGGAGAGACAAAACGUAAACAACAGAGGUUUAACAUUUGGGCUUUUCUUCCUUCUGUAUCUUCUUUCUCAGAUAUUUCAGUCGGUGACCCUCCCUUUAGCAGAUGCCAUGUCCUUGAGCAUAUUAACAGAAAAGCACAGAACAAGUUGGGGUCGUACAAGGGUAUUUGGUACCCUUGGUUAUGCAUUAUUUGCGGUAAUUUCUGGCUUAUUUAUGGACUCUUUUACUCAGCAGAAGUCGGUGUCAAACUUUUAUGCAGCAUUCAUCCUAUCUGGGUCUCUGUCAAUAGUUUCAGCUGUGUCUGGUUAUUUCAUAGACAUCCCCAAGGAUAUCCAAUGUGCUCGGAUGAUGAAGAAUCUGUCACUGCUGUUCAAAGAUGCAGAGAUCUGUAUUUUUCUGAUAAUCAUAUUCAUCUUUGGUGUGUUCAUGGGUGUUUUGCAGACGUUUCUCUUUUGGUACCUUGGGGAGCUAUGUAGCCCCAAGGUACUCAUGGGGUUGACCUUGGUUGUCGAGUGUGUAUCUGAAAGCCCAAUGCUGUAUUUUUCUGGAUGGAUUAUCAACAAAAUUGGGCAUAGGCCAAUACUGUUCAUUACCCUUGGGGUAUAUGCUCUUCGGUUUGGAGCGUAUUCAUUUCUGACCAAUCCAUGGUACGUGUUUCUGAUAGAGCCCACCCAUGCUAUUACUUAUGGUUUGUUAUUUGCUGCUGCUACGGAGUAUACAGAUAUCAUUGCACCUCCAGGAAUGUCUGCUACCUUGCAAGGUCUGGUGGGAGGAUUGCAUUGGAGUUUGGGUUUUGGCAUUGGUUCUUUGACAGCUGGGCAGAUCUACAACAAAUAUGGCGGAGUUAUCAUGUUCCGAAGUUUUGCCAUCUCUGCUAUAGUUGUACUUUUAAUUGCAUGGCCAUUGGAACACUUUGUUCUACGUGCACGUAAGAAGUUUGUUGUGGAGCCACAAAAACAUACAGAGAAAGAAGAUCCCACCCAAGUACAGCAAGGGACUAAUGCUGAUGAGAAGAACACAGUCAACAGUGUUGACCAAGUCAGUGAUGACCAGGUUAAUAUCAUGGUAGAUAAGCACCACCCCUCAUCAUAAUCUACUUGUCCUACUAAAUCCGAGGACCUCUUAGUGGGUUUGCUGCAUGACGUCAGCUGCAUAUUCACCUUUUCUGUGCUCUUAAAUAUAACUAACUGCUUUGUACUGCUUAACACCUUCAGGAGUAAAAGAUAACUGCUCUCUUAUCUGAGCACAGGCCCCAACUAUGUCUACUUGCAAUCUUGUUUGUUUAGAUCUCGGGGCAGAGAAAUAUAGCAUAUACCAAAGGGAACAGUGUUUUGCUAUUUUAACCUGAUUGCAUGAUCAUUGGACCAUUCUUUGAUUGAAAACGUAAAAUUUUCGAACUUGAGAAAAUAGUUUCUAAAUAUCUAAGAACCGGGGUUCAGAUUUUUUCUUGCAAUCUAAUUAUGAAUUUUAUUUGCCCAGUCAUGAAGUUAUACUUAGUCAACUUUUCUCUUAUCAGUUGUUUAAAAACAUUCCACCUUACUAGUUUUUUAGUUUUCUUGUGUACAAAGCGUACAGAAUUGACACGACCCAUUGUUUAAAUGAUAUUGUUUGAAAUUGAAACGGUACAUGAAGGGGCAGUAAAUAUUUCAAAAUCCAAUAUACUACAAAAAUACAAUCUAAACACUGUAUAGAAUAAAUUUAUCGGGUAUUAUUAAAUUCUAUGUAAACACUGUGCUUUCCAGAGGUUCCAAGGAAGUCCAUCCCAAUAUUUGACGACUGACUGGGUUUACCCUGUAUAAGAAAUGAUAAUUAAAAACAAUACGCUUAUGCAGCAUUACAACACUGA